AUGGGCCCCUAUAUACCGCCUCCUCAUGCUGCUGCCAGGCCCCUAAUCUGCCAUGGGCCCCUAUAUACCGCCUCCUCAUGCUGCUGCCAGGCCCCUAAUCUGCCAUGGGCCCCUAUAUACCGCCUCCUCAUGCUGCUGCCAGGCCCCUAAUCUGCCAUGGGCCCCUAUAUACCGCCUCCUCAUGCUGCUCCCAAGUCCAGAGUCUGUCAUGGGUCCCUGUACGGCCUCCCAUUGCUGCUGUCUCCAUCGCCACACUCUGCCAUGUGCCACUUUCAGGUCUCCUCACACUGCUGGUGUGUUGAAUUUUUUGACAUAGGGUGCUGGCAGAUUACGGGCCUCCCAUAGCUGCUGCCAGGCCCCUAAUCUGCCAUGGGCCCCUAUAUACCGCCUCCUCAUGCUGCUGCCAAGUCCAGAGUCUGUCAUGGGUCCCUGUACGGCCUCCCAUUGCUGCUGUCUCCAUCGCCACACUCUGCCAUGUGCCACUUUCAGGUCUCCUCACACACUGCUGGUGUGUUGAAUUUUUUGACAUAGGGUGCUG